CUGACCCGCCCACAAAGACACAAAGUGGGGGGUAGUCUAAGGGGUUGCAUGCAUGACGAUGCAUCCGCAACCUAUAUUAAGACGCGACCCCAGUUGUCUCUGUAGGCUUGGCCAAAAAUACCUGCCAAGCAAGUUCUCUGGAAGUUUGAGAGGUUGUUAUAAUACUCCUGAAAUCUGCUGGUCUGCAUGGCGAUGCAACUGUUAUAUUGGCUUCUCACAUAAUAUUGUUGGCAAUUCUUGGUGCCUGACACUACACCUCACAUGUAUUUCCCCAAAAUCCACGGUUCCCACGAACACUUUCCACGUCAUCGGCAUAUUGUCGUGCCUGGUUCUGCGGACCAUUUCUGCUUUUCUCGAACCCAAUUCUUUCCAAACCCCUUGAUUUUACCAAUAUGGCCACCCGCGUUUCCCACCUAGCAAAGGGCACAGUGCUCAAUUUCAUCCGUUCGCCUGCCGAAAUCAAGACCACGGUCGGCGCCAUCAUCGCCCAGGGCAAGAAGGUGCAGGAUGCCGUCGCUGCCCAGUCCGCACCCACGUUCCAAAACACAAUUGCACCGCUAGCCCGGUUCGAAAACGAGCACGGCACUGACUGGGAAGUCGUGCAGUUCCUGCAGAAUGCUAGCACCGACAAGGCCGUGCGUGACGCCAGCUCUGAGGCUGAGCAGGCCCUCAGCGCCUUCAAGAUCGAGUCGAUGAUGCGCGCCGACGUGUAUAGGGCCGUGCGCUCAGUGUUCAGUAACCCGGCAGAGGUGCAGCAGCUCAGUGCCGAGGACCGCACGCUGGUCGAGAAGCUCGAAAAAGAGUUCCGCCGCAACGGCUUGGCGCUGGAGGAGCAGCAGCGUGAGAAACUAGGUGAAAUCCGCAAGCGUUUGUCGGAGCUCAGCAUCAAGUUUAGCCGCAACAUCAGCGAGGGAGACGGCAAGGCACUGUUUACUCGCGAGGAGCUGGAGGGCCUGUCAGACGACUUCUUUGAGGGCCGUGCGACCGAGAUCGAGGAUGGCAUUACCAAAUUUGUGGUCACGACAAAGUAUCCGGACUUGGUUCCUGUCACGACCAGCGCAAAGCGCGAGGAGACGCGCAAGCGCAUGAGUCUGGUGCAGGAGACCCGGUGCCCCGAGAACGUCGGCAUCUUGCAGGAGGCCAUCAAGCUGCGCCUGGAGGCUGCCGAGAUGCUCGGCUACAAGACCCAUGCCGAAUUCGUGUUGGAUCAGAACAUGGCCAAGACACCCGAGACCGUGCUGGCGUUUGAGAACGACAUGCGUCAGCGGCUCAACGUUCUGGCAGACCACGAGCUAAAGGAGAUCGAGGAGAUGAAGCGCGCUGACAAGAAGGCAGCUGGCGAGGAGUACACGGGCCUGUACAACUGGGACUUCCGGUACUACACGAACCAGAUCAAGGAGCGCAAGCACAACGUCAGCGAGGAAGAGAUCAAGCAAUACUUCCCUAUGCAGGAGGUGACACGCGGCGCCCUGGAUAUCUACCAGCGCAUGCUGAGCCUGAAGUUUGUCAAGGUCGAGAACCCCGAGUCGGUCUGGCACCCGGACGUCGAGAUGUACGAGGUGUGGGAAGCCAGUGGCGAGAACUUCGUUGGCCACUUUUAUCUGGAUCUGUACCCACGCGAGGGCAAGUACAACCACGCCUGUGUGUGCCCGAUCCGUUCCAGCUCGACCACAGCAGACGGCUCCACCGAGUUCCCGGUAGCUGUGAUGCUGGCCAACUUCCCCAAGCCCACGCCCUCGGCACCCGCUCUGCUCAAGCACGAUGACGCAGUCACACUGUUCCACGAGCUCGGCCACGUCUUCCAUCAGAUCUGUACCAAGUCCAAGUGGGCCAAGUUCUCGCUCAACGAUGUCCAGAUUGACUUUGUCGAGGCGCCUUCGCAGAUGCUCGAGAACUGGUGCUGGGAACCAAAGAUCCUGCGCCAGUUUGCGGCGCACUACAAGACUGGCGAGCCGAUCCCCGAUAAGCUGGUCGAGAAGAUGGUUGCAGCCAAGAACGAGGGUGCUGGCCUGAUCAAUCUGCGCCAGGUCUUCUUUAGCAUGUACGAUAUGGCCAUCCACAACACAACCAGCGCGGACGUCGAUGUUGAGGAGACCUACACCAAGCUGCGUGAGGACAUCACCCGCUUCCUUGGCGCCAGCCAGCCCACCUGGGGCGCGGCGACGUUUGGCCACAUGAUGGGCGGGUACGAUGCUGGCUACUACGGAUACAUGUGGUCCAAGGUGUUCAGCUCAGACAUGUACGCCUCACGCUUCCUCAAGGACGGUGUCACCAACACCAGCACCGGCAUGGACUACCGCCGCGAGAUCCUGGAGCCCGGCAGCAGCCGCGACGCGAUGAUCAACCUCGAGAAGUUCCUUGGCCGCAAGCCGACCAACACAGCCUUUAUCAAGGAAAUCGGCCUCAGCGCGUGAUUUGAUGCUGCUCCUGAUCCCGAUCAGUCCAAAUGAAAAACUUGCCUUAGAAUUUUAGUGCUGGGCACCCCCUGGCCAGCAUGGAGGGCGCAUAUAG